GGGUAGCUGACUAGUAGUACUUAGUAGACUAAAUCAGUGGAUGGGACUAAGAAUAUCAGCCCGGAAAGUCAUGAGCUUCACCACCGAAGAGAGGGGGAGGCCCAACACGCAAGACUACAGAGUGUUUUUCAAGAACUCAGAGGGAAAAUACGUCUCACCAUUCCACGACAUACCCAUUUAUGCCGAUGAAGCUCAGAACAUAUUCCAUGCAGUUAUUGAGGUUCCACGAUGGACAAGUGCUAAAAUGGAGAUUGCGACCAAAGAUCCGCUGAACCCUUUAAAGCAGGACACGAAGAAGGGUGAACUUCGCUAUGUGUGCAACGUGUUCCCACACAAAGGUUACAUCUGGAAUUAUGGAGCAAUUCCUCAGACCUGGGAAGACCCGCACCACAAAGACGAUGACACGGGAUGCUUAGGUGACAACGACCCAAUUGAUAUCUGUGACAUCGGCGAAAAGGUGUGCUCUCGAGGGGAAAUCAUCAAGAUCAAAGUGCUGGGCACACUGGCAAUGAUUGACGAAGGAGAAACAGAUUGGAAAGUCAUUGUUAUAAACACCGAAGACCCCGAAGCCAGUAACUUUAAUAAUAUUGAUGAUGUGAGAAGACUGAAGCCAGGCUACCUGGAAGCCACGCUAGACUGGUUCAAAAUGUACAAAGUUCCGGAUGGAAAACCUGAAAACCAGUUUGCCUUCAAUGGAGAGUUCAAAGACAGGGACUUUGCAAUAAAGACAGUCAAAGAAACUCAUGUUUUUUGGAAAGCUCUGAUUUCCAAAAAGAGUGAAAGCGGUGAGCUAAACUGCAUGAACACCUGCGUGUCUGAUAGUCCGUACUGCUGUUCCACUGAGGAUGCAAACGCUGCUGUCAAUGCAAUGAGUGCUUUUGGUGAAGCAGGACCCAUUCCCAGUGCAGCUGACAAAUGGUACUACUACAACAAGACCUAGUCAAGCUGAUGCUCUCUUGUGUUGAAAAUGCAAAAGACAUGGACCAGAACAUCAAAACCUCUUUAUCUGUAGUAUCUUCCAUAAGCCAUUACCUGGUGGUGUUUGUUUCCUCUGCUCUGCUCUGCUCUUCAUAUCUUCAAUGUAAAAAAAAAAGCACCAAGGUUUGUGAAAAUAGAAUGCAUUUGAUACAGUUAAUUGUUUUGUCUUGCUGCCCGGUCCAUCAAAAGGAAAUAAAAAAAAUGAUAACCAAA